AUGGUCCGUCCACCAUACCAUCAAAUCAGCAACAAUCUAAGAGGACACACCCACAACAUCUCCCUCCCGGGCCUGUCCCCCCUCUUCCCUUCAAUCCACUGCACACCAACACACGAGAUCUGCCAAAUCGUAACGGGCGAAGGCGAAAUCAACGCCGCGGUGACGAUCUCCGCCCUUCUCUUCUCAACCCACUUCAACCUAACAACAACAUACUUCCUCAUCGCGGGCAUCGCGGGUAUCUCACCCGAGCACGGGACGACGGGGUCUGUGACGUUCCCCCGCUUCGCCGUGCAGCCUGCCUUGCAACACGAGAUUGAUAUUCGCGAGCUCCCGGGGAAUAUUUCAACGGGGUCUAUCCCGCAGGAAUCGACGAGGCCCGGAGUGUUCCCGAAGACGGUGUAUGGGAUGGAGUUUUUGAGCGUGAAGCGCGGUUAG